GCCUCAGUCCCCCUGCCGCCCCUCCUCACUCGCCAGCAUGACGCUCCCUCCAUACUUUCACAUUCUUUCCCUCCUCUCUCUCUAACUUUACUCCACCAAACUUCUCUAAACUCACAUCCACGUUCUCAGUGACGGAGGUGAAGAAGAAGAAGAAGAAGAAGAGGAGGAGGAAGAAAUGAGGACGGGGAGAAGAGUUAGCAGAGAGCGCCGCUUCUGACAGCUCUGAGCUCCUUUGGUGAUGCCCCAGACUCCCCAGACUCCCCAGACUCCCCAGACUCCCCCGCUGAUGAGACGAUGAGAACCUACACACGUGGGGCACCCACCGUCUUCUUCAUAAGUCUCCUGUGGCUCCUACUCGUCCCGGCGGAGGUGGAGGCAGUGGCGGCGACGGAAGGGGACCCCAGCGGGGAAAUCCCCUUCAUGGGAGGCAACUAUGACGGACACCCCAUGCUGUACUUCAGUCGUGGGGACGUGGAGGAGCUGCAGUACGCGGCCACGGGGACACACCGGGAUAUGGCGAGGAGGAUCCGCGAGGCCGGGGAAACCAUGCUGGAGCACCCAGAGGAGUACCUGCCCCCCUGGAGUCCUGCAGACUUCAGCGCCCGCUGGAACGAGGUGUAUGGAAACAACCUGGGUGUGCUGUCCAUGUUCUGUCUGCUUUACCCACACAGGGCCGGAGCCCUCGACCUGGCCAAGGACUACAUGGAGAGGAUGGCGGCUCAGCCUAGUUGGCUGGUCAAAGACGCUCCCUGGGAUGAGGUUCCGUUGGCGCACUCUCUGGUCGGCUUUGCCACCGCCUACGACUUCCUGUACGAGUACUUGAACAAGGGUCAGCAGGAGCGCUUCCUGCAGGUGAUCGGCAACGCUUCGCGCCUCAUGUACGAGAAGUCGUACGUGCGGGGUUGGGGGUUCCAGUACCUGCACAACCACCAGCCCACCAACUGUGUGGCUCUGCUCACAGGAAGCCUGGUGUACAUGACACAAGGUUACCUUCAGGAGGCCUACCUGUGGACUAAGCAGGUGUUGUCAAUCAUGGAGAAGUCCAUGGUCCUCCUGCAGGAUGUGACGGACGGCUCCCUGUAUGAGGGCGUGGCCUACGGGACUUACACCACCCGCUCUCUGUUCCAGUACAUGUUCCUGGUGCAGCGCCACUUUGCCAUCAGCCACUUCGAUCACCCCUGGCUCCUCAAACACUUUGCCUUCCUCUACAGGACAAUCCUGCCUGGAUUCCAGCGGACCGUAGCCAUUGCAGAUUCCAACUACAACUGGUUCUACGGGCCAGAGAGCCAGCUGGUUUUCUUGGACCGCUACGUGUUGCGUAAUGGCAGUGGAAACUGGCUGGCAGAUGUGAUUCAUCAGAACAGGGUGAUGGAAGGGCCAGGGCAGGCUGGGAAAGGCCAACGCUGGUGUACUCUCCACACAGAAUUCAUCUGGUAUGACCCGAGCCUGAUCGCCAAGGCCCCAUCUGAUUAUGGAACAUCCCGACUCCACCACUUUGAGGACUGGGGUGUGGUCACGUACGGCAGUGCUUUACCCGCAGACACCAAUCACACCUUUGUCUCCUUCAAGUCAGGGAAGCUGGGAGGACGUGCCAUCUUUGACAUCGUCCACAGGAGCAAGUACAAAGAGUGGAUCAAAGGGUGGAGGAACUUCAACGCUGGCCACGAGCACCCAGAUCAGAACUCUUUCACUUUUGUGCCUAAUGGCUUCCCAUUCAUCACAGAGGCACUCUAUGGACCCAAGUAUACUUUGUUGAACAAUGCAGUCUUAUUUGGCUCGGCAGUCUCAGGGAGUUGCUUUAAGCCGUGGGCCGGACAGGUGACGGAGGCAUGUGACUCCAAGUGGUUGAAGUACAAGGUGGGGCUGGCAGCCGAUGCCCAAGGCAGAGUAGAGGCCGCCAUGGAAAGACAGGGAAUGGUCUUUAUCCGAGGCGAGGCGCAUUCUGCUUACAAUCCAGAGCUGAAGAUCAGGAACUUUCAGAGGAACCUGCUCCUUCUUCACCCACAGCUCCUGCUUCUGGUGGAUCACAUCCACCUGGAGCCUGACAGCCCAACCAGGGCCAUGAGCGCCUUCUUUCACAACACAGAGGUGCCAUUCCAGAGCACAAAGAUAGAUGGCGUUCACGGAGCAUUUGUGUCACAUGGUGAAGACAAGUAUAAGAUGUUCUGGAUGGAUGACACCGGCUUCAGUAACAAAGGAGUUACAGGUUACUGGAAUUACCCGCGAGGGUACCCAUAUAACGGCUCUAACUAUGUGAACAUCACAAUGCCGUUGAGAUAUCCUCAUACAAGGGUGGCCUACAUUUUUUAUGGACCAGGGGUGGACGUUCAGAGCUUCAGCCUGCGUGGUGACAAUCAGAGAGUGGAUAUUUACCUUGCUACCAAAGAUCACACUUACACCAUCUACCUGCUGACAGGCGAGGUCACGAGUAAGCCUCUGUUUGCCAUGGUACUGCUGGACCACAAGAAGAUUGUAUUUGAGAAGGAGGCCGCUGCUGUGGACAGCUCACCAGAGGAAGUGGAGGAGUACGUCAACGUCAUGGAGGACAACCUCCAGCAUGUCAAGCCUGUCUUCCAGCAGAUGGAGAGACACAUCCUGGGAAGGGUCCUCAACACUGCCAGCUUCCGAAAGACUGCCGAGCGCUUGCUCCAGUUCUCUGACAAAAGGAAGACCGAGGAGGUCAUUGAGAAGAUGUUCGCUAUGUCCAAGAAGCAGGGCAAGGGUAAAGGGGGGAAGAAAGUCAGCAUCGGGGACAAACUUUCUGAGAGUCUGCCUGACAUUUUUGCACAGAUUGAAAUCAAUGAGAAGAAGGAGAGACAGAAGACAUCGAAGCGUAUUUAUGAGGACAGUCCAGACGAGGGCGACGCAGAGUCACGGGCCUUCAUAGAUUACACAGACAGUCGCAAGAACAGAAAAGGCGUCUUUGUCAAAGGCCGUAAAUUCAAAGAGGUCCACAUGGUGGCCACGGCAGGGAGCGAGAGUCUCCUCAGCACAGCCUCCUACAUCAGACUCUUCCUCCUGCUCAACACUGCUACCUUCUUCUUACUGCUGGCUGUGUUACUGACGCGCUUUCAGAAAGGUCGGAGCUUGCACACACAGAGGUGUUUCUACACCAUCCUUCUGAUUGACUGCUUCAUCUUACUGUACCUCUACUCUUCCUGCUCUCACACACAGUGCUAACAUCAUGAGCGGGGGAGGAAUCGUCCAGACUGCUGCGGUUUUCUUACCAUUGCAUAAGCUCAGCAUUUUAGUCUGGACAAGCAGAAAUGGAGACAUGUGAAUACAAUGAUGUUAACAAAUAGUGCUGUUGUGUCCUCAUUACUGGCCUGACUAACAUCAGACUGUAUCUGAAUCUCAUUUGAGAUUGAGUAUGAGUCUGAAACAGGAGGAAACACCUUCCACGUCGUCAUCUGUCCAGACUCUGUAUGCAACUGGAUGGACCUACAGCCAAUCAGACCAAUGAUCCGGAUGCAGAGCGGCAGAAAGCGCGUCAACGUGCUUGUUGUAGUUUCCUCGAAGCAAUGGCUGUCUUGUGAUGGCGUCUAACGACUUCUGCCCAGGGGAGCUCCGUGGAGCAAGUCGCUUUCGAGAGACAGCUGCUCUUCGUUGGCUGCCAUGUUGGACGUGUACAAAAGCUGCUAGACAGCAAUUCUCUGUCAUAGUCGUGUUAAGCCUGCCUCUAGGAUGUCAGGGGGAAAGAAGCGAUUCUGUAGUUGGCCAAAACGGCGUCCUUGCCAGACAUGUCUGCAGAGCAAAAUCAAAUCCCUGCCAGACUCGGCGGGACUCACCCAGGCUACCUCAUGGCACCAAAUCAAAAUUUUAUUGCCUUAACCGUGUACUGUACAUGUUGCUUGAAUGAUUGCCUGCACACCUGAAUAUGAAAAGAGCCGCUUUUCCAAUAUUCCGAUUUCAGAAAGGUGCUACGCCCUGGAGUAUCAUUUCCUAUAUCAUUUAGAUGCUUCAACUCCAUUGUGGAGACAAGUCUGCAUUUCUCCGGUCUCGUCCUGCUCACAGCUCCCCCGCAUUGCAACUUGACCUCGCUUAAAAAAUGUCCUCAUCAUUAUCCUCUUCCUGAGAAAUAUCACUGAACUUCCUCUCCAGAGAGUAGACGUCAUCCAGCAAGAAAGGUCUUUGGUUUGAAUCCUCAAAACUCCAGACUGACCUUCAAUCUGGAGUUUGUCCCCUUUUAUGACGUUUCCUAGUUGAAGAUGAGUAAAAUGUUUAGGACAAAGUAACAAUUUUUACGCUGUGUCAAAGCUGGAAUUCCGAUUCAUUGCUAUUGGCUACUCCAAAGGCCAGUCAAAGUGGAGCUUCCCUUGCAGCUCAUUUCCACUGAAAAGUCUCUGCUCUUACUGCUCCUUCUCUUUGAAUGGGACAAUGCAACUAAUCAGAUCAUGUGAUGCAGAUAUUCCAACACAAGCGCUGGCCAAUCGACUCAAAAAUCUAAAUACUACACCAUCCAAACCCAGUUUUAGCUAUCUGUGCAUGGUCACCUGAGAGAGGUUUAAGCUGGAUUGUGAUUGUUUUGGUGUUAAAACAACUUUUAACAACUUUUUUUUUAGCAUUAUUAUGGAUGUAGUCACAGAUUGAAUGUCCACACUCUGAGCAGCUGAGUGCUUGGGCAACAAACUCAAGAAUUUUCAAGAAAACAAAAACAACAACAAAUUUGUAAUAUCAGAAAAUAUUUGAAAUCAUAUUAUUAUCUUUUUAUGGUCGAUCAGUGACUCAAAGUAUUUUUCAGCACUUGUCAGAUCUACAUAAUAGAUAGAAUAGAUAAAGACGCUGAUUCCCAAUAGGAAGUGAAGAUGAAACCAUGUCACCUCUGAUGUAAUAAGCUUCUGUGGAGCUUUAGAACCGAUCUGUGUGUGAAGUUUGUUCUUCUCGAGGUAAGCCACUAUGACACAGUCGCCUCCGCUGUACUUCACAGUUGUCCUGUCUACUACAGUUCACAGAAAUACAAUGAAAUGUAUAUAAAGUAUAUAUAUGUGAAAGCAAGAUAUAUUUUUAUGGUUUCUUUUUUUUCUUUUUUUUUUACAAUUUGUAAAUAAAAAAAUUGCCACAUGCAGAGGUGUGUUUACUGUAAUAUGGAGCAGAGAAAACAAAGAGCUGCAGCACUUUACCCCCACAUUGCCCCUGGUGUCUGUGAUGGCAGUGUGAUAUAAAAGUGCACUGUAUGAGUUUGAGACACAGCUAAACUAGUGUAAAGCAGCUUUGAGUGGUCAUUGUGACCAGAAAUGUGCUAAAUAAAUACAGACCAUUUCAGAGACAUGCAUACUUCACAGACUAUCAAAUUGCCGCGCUGCAAAUCUGUAUGAGAAUCCAAAAAAAACCCAAAAACAAAACGAUGGGUCUGUUUUUAUUCCCUUUCUAAGACAACACCUCUGUUUUCUCUCUGCUUUACACCCUGGUCCUGGACAGCAUCACUUUGUGUUGUUCAUUUUUAUAAUAGUCAUCAGCUCCUCACUCACAAGUCAGACUCCUAGAUUUAAAAAAAGCCCUCCAUUCCUCUCCCCAAGAAGAAAGAAAAGUAAAAACAGAGCUCUUUGGGUUGUUUUGCUAUGAUUGAGCAGAUAAUCGUCUCCAGAUGUGUCUCCUUCAUAAUGAAAAGUGACUUCUGUUGUCUGUCCUGGUGGAGGAGGAGGAGGAGGAAGAGGAUAAGAGACUGAUUUACCGAUCUGUAAAUGAAACCUUACUGAUGAAACACAUUCAGGCUUUGUUAAUGUUUGAAAUCUGUGCUAAUAUGACACGAAGCCCAGAAAAUCAAAGGCCAGACGCUUUAUUUUUCUGUUCAGAUUUUAUAAACAGGUUGAACAAUGAAAUACUGCCAUCUGCUGGUCAUAUAACGGAUCCGCUUGUAUUGUAGAACACUGAUCUAUGGUUA